AUGGCCACCCCCAAUGUUCUUACUUUUGACGCUGAGGGGAGGGCCAUUGACUUUGCCGUCUGGAUUGAAGACCUGCAGCUGUACUUACUGUGUGAUGCGAUAGAUGAGGUCUCUCUCUUUGACUUUGUCUCUGGCGCUGUCCCUGCCCCACCUGCUGAUGCUGACUCUGCCGUUCGCUCCAAGUGGGCGACCCGCGAUGCUGCUGCACGUCUUGCUGUGCUCGCACGCUACUCCUCCCCUUCCUCCGCUACCCUUAGCCGCCUCAUGCUACCGUUUCUCUUCCCUGACCUCGCUUCCUUUCCCACUGUCGCUGACCUUGUUACCCACCUCCGUGCUAGUGACACCCGCUACCGCGCUGCCCUUCCUGCUGAGUUCCGCGCUGCAAACCCUCCUCCCAUGUACAUCACUCUCUACUUUCUCGUCACCCGUCUCCCUGAGUCCCUUCGUGUCGUUAGGGACCAGUUUCUCUCUGUCUGUCCCACCACUCUCACUCUCGACCUCCUUGAGGAGUCCCUGCUAGCGGCUGAGAAGAGUAUUGUCGCUGUAGGGGCCUCUCGGGGUGACCCUCGCACCCCCAUCUUUGAGGGGUGUGGUCCUUCCCCCCUGCUGCCCUCUGUCGCCUCUGCCGCUGCGGCCGACCUCACUGGUUUUGAGUCGGUCGGCGCGGCGUCUGCCCCCAGCGGCAGACGCCGCUCUGGCAAGGGCAAGGGGGGCAAGGGAGCGGGUGGAGCUAGAGGGGGCGGUGGAGGAGGCGUGGCGGCGGUGGAGGCGGAGGUGGCGGCGGAGGUGGUAGCGGAGGAGGCGGUGGGAGCGGUGGGAGCGACGGUCCUGGUGGGGGAGGUGGCGGUGGAGACGGGGGUGGCGGUGGAGGCGGGGGUGGCGGUGGAGGCGGGGGUCGGAGUGGCUCGUCCCAGCGGAGCAGCUCUGGGGUGUGGUCAGCGCCAGCAGCAGCAGCAGCAGCAGCCGCAGCAGCAGCCACAGCAGCAGUAG